AUGGCAACAACUCCUUUCAAAGGUCCAAUGUUACGAGAUUUACGAACACUGGAUGUCGUUGACUUUGUUGUGACGAUAGAAGACGCACUUGUUGUCUUUCGUGAUGCACACUUAGCCAGAGAUCGAAAGUUAGAUACUGUGGCAAAUUCAAUAGUGGUGCUUUUGGCGCGAAGCGAAAUACAUGUACAGAAAAAAUGA